GAAAUCUAAGAAACUUCACCUCCAUAGCGUUAAAAAAGUGUAUAUAGCCGUAAAUAUUGUACACAAAACCGUUGGCACUGUGGCAUUCACAAAAGAAAAGAGCAAAUAAAAAUAAGGGGAAAUGGCUACCUACAACUAUUCUUAUAUCUUUAAAUACAUAAUUAUCGGCGACAUGGGAGUCGGCAAGUCUUGUGUUUUAAAUCAGUUUACUCUAAGCAAGUUUAUGGCUGACAUUCCUCAUACCAUCGGAGUGGAGUUUGGCACUCGUAUAAUAGAAGUUGACGGACAGAAAAUUAAAUUACAAAUCUGGGAUACUGCCGGCCAGGAACGUUUUCGGGCUGUAACACGAAGUUACUAUCGAGGAGCUGCUGGUGCUUUGCUGGUGUACGACAUUACAAGAAGGACAACUUUUAACCACGUGGCCACAUGGCUUUCGGAUACUCAAACCUUAACCAAUCCCAAUACUACAAUCCUCCUUAUUGGAAAUAAAUCGGAUUUAGAAGAACAACGCGAUGUUACUUAUGAAGAGGGAAAGAAAUUUGCUGAAGAAAAUGGGCUUUUAUUUCUAGAGUGCAGCGCAAAAACAGGGGAUCACGUUGACGAAGCUUUUGUUGAAGUUGCUCAAAAAAUAUAUCAGAAGAUUCAAGACGGAAGUCUGGACCUAAAUGCGGCUGAAUCGGGCGUUCAACAAAAACAAUCUCAGAAAGUGGAACUUCCGUUUGGUGAAAAUAGCGCUGUUACUAGCGACAGUUUUUGUUCUUGCUAA